AAUUACCUCCCUUCUUCAAAUUCACUGGUUGCCCGCAGACAAGUGGGCGUUCAUUCAGUUUGGGACCUAUAUACAUCGGCGACAUUUACGCCUAUCACCAAAGUACAUCUAACUUCACAGGUAUAUUCAUUAUGGCGACCUCGUUCCCAGUGUUGUGCACCAGGGGGAGCUACUACGACGUCGGCUACAGCGUGGGCAGCACCUUCCAGUCCCGCAUACAGACAUACAUUCAGAAGUCCUUUCUACUUCAGGACACGCUGCUGCCCUUUUACGACUCUCGCGAAGGACGAGAUUUCGUGGAGGCCAUGUUAAGCAUGACGGAGAAGAACUUUCCUAAGUACGUCGACGAAGUCCGGGGAACUGCUCAGGGGGCGGGGCUGCCGUUUGAGACGUUGUUCGUUAAUGACUUACUUAUGGAGAUCUACUUCGGCUACAAUCAGAAAACGCCACAACUGACAAGAGAGGACCUCGGAUGCAGCACCGUUUAUAUCAACCGCCCGGAUGUUAAGGUCAUAGGUCAUAACGAAGACGGUGAGGACAUUGCAAAGACAUUCGGCUACGUCGUCGAUGCCACAAUAACUGGAGACGACGGCGUUGAAGAGAAGUUCACAAGUCUUUGCUACCCCGGGGGACUUCCGGGUGUAUCGAUUGGUUAUAACCACCACGGGAUGGCAUUCUCGGUCAAUAGCCUGGCUGGACCAACCGUUGGCAACACAGCGCCGUCCGACUUUGUACUGAGAGCAGUGUUGAGAGCUUCUAGUAUUGACGAAGUGAAGGACAUUGUGUCAAAUGCAGGUUUUGGAUUAUCGUCAGGAUUUAACAUCAACGUCGGUUCCAUAGUGGACACCUCCACUCAGUGGUCGGUUGAAGUGGCGCCGAGUGUUUCCGAAUCGAAAGUGUCCAUUAAGGAAAUACACGAAUCGGAUGACCCCGAGGAGUCGACGUAUUUUCACAUGAAUGAGUUUCGUCACAUGGGCAUCGAGGUCGAAACAGCUGCAAGGUCGAGAGCGAGGUUUGAAAGGGCAAUGUCACUUCCGGUGCCGACUUGCACAAGGGAUGUUAGGAAUAUCCUAGGCGAUAUUGACAAUAAGACUUUUCCGAUUUUUCGAACUGUUCGCCCGACAGAUGAAUAUGCCACAGUUUGCACCGGAAUGUUUGAUUUGCUUGACAAACGAUUUGAUAUUUACCUCGACAAUCCAUCCAAGGACACAGGACCAUUAUUGACUUUCAAUAUGCAAUGCGGAGCCUAGUUGUCACAUACAUAACACCACACUGUAAAAAAUGGGUUUAGAAUGUAAACACAUACAAACAUAUGUUCGUAAUUUAAAUAUGUUUAGAAUUUAAACACGUUUAAACAUGUUGAGAAUUUAUUGGGGAAUUAAAUCAUAAAUGGAUAAUAUGUAUAAUUAUAUAUAUUGACAUUGUAUGUGCAAAUCAGAUUCACAGGCACUUGCAUAACGCAUAUACCACAAGGACUUAUAACGAACUUGGUAAAAUGUCAGCAUAAAAAUGUACAAAUAAGCUAAGUUAAUGGUGACGUUGACGUUUCUGACGACUACGGCCUCCAUAGCACGGGUGGUGGCAUGAAGGUCGACAAACCAAGAGAACGUUCGUGUCCCGCCGAGUAUUUCCCUCAUACAGGAAACGGAAGCUGGCAAUGAAAGUAUAUCUGAUUACUACAAUCGACCCAUAUUUAGUUACACAUACGCCCCGUGAAGAUUCCGGGUUAGAAAAGGUCUUCAGCAACCCAUGCUUGCCGUAAAAGGUGACUAUGCUUGUCGUAAAAGGCGACUAACGGGAUCGGGUGGUCAGGCUCGCUGACUUGG